ACAAAAAUACCGUUGCAACAUUGAAACGCAAACAGUUGAAGAAUACUACAAAAUCGCAUUCUACAUUCCACUUCUCGAUACGUACAUUUGUCAUCUCCAGAGUCGGUUUCAAAAACACAAAACAGUCUUUCAAAGUUUCGGACAGCUGUUUCUCAAACAAGAAUUUGAUGAAAAAAAAUGCGCCGAUCUUUACCUAUUUUACGAAGAAGUAUUGGAUUGUUCCGAGAGUAAUUUCAUUUCAGAAGUCAAAAUGUGGAGACAACGAAUCCGCAAUCAGAACAUCGAAAAUUCACUUGAUGCAUUAUCAAUCAUGAAUAAUGAAACUUUCAAAAACGUCAACAAAAUGUUGCGAAUUUUGGCAGUGUUACCUGUGACAACAGCAACUCCAGAACGAUCGUUUUCGACCUUAAGAAGGAUAAAGGAUUAUCUGAGAAACACAAUGGGACAGGAGCGUCUCAACGGUCUUGCAUCUUUGAACAUCCAUCAUCGCAUUGAUUUAACUGAUGAGGAAAUUCUCAGAAAGUUUUUUGAGAAGCCUCGAAAAUUUAAAAGUGUUUAAAACCUCUUGUAUAUUGUUCAUCAUCUAUCGAUUUGUCAAAAAGAUAUUUAAUAACACAGUCCUGCGAGGUACAGUUUCUAAAAUGGCUAUGGUGCUUCUUGAAGGUUUUUUUGUGUUAAAAACGAAUCUGAUCUUGA